AUGAAUAAACUAUUAUUAAUAGGUAAUUUCGUAAAUGAUAUCAUUUUGAUACAUGAAGAUCUUGUACUUCAAAGGGAGAGAUCUUUCACCGAUUUCCUGAGGGACAGUCAACUGAAUGGCCGAGAUAACAAACCUGGACGUGUCACAAAGAAUACUGCUUUGGGUGGAAGUGUUACCUAUGCCUCGCUUGCAUCCAGUGCGUUCGGUGGUGCUACAAGCUAUAUUGUUUCUACGCUCGGAACAGACAUCAACGACUCUUACAAAACAAUGAUAGAACCAAAGACACAUCCAACCACCGGAACAAUCAAUACGGACUAUAUCAAAAAAACAGACUCCAAUAAUACCAGCUAUCAAUUGAACUAUUACAAUCGAAAGAAGAACCGUACUCUGUUGCUAAUGGAACGUGGUCAAUCGAUUGGCAUUGAGCAGUGUCUGCGAUGUCUGUGUGAGCAACAACCCGAUGCCAUCUCAUUCGUCCCUAUUGCCGGUGAGAUCGACGUCGAUCUCAUUGUGGCGGUGCUCGAGUAUAUCGCGCGCAUGCCAACUGCCGACGCCAAGCCAAAGAUAGUGGCAUUCGACAUUCAGGGUCUGUUGCGUGCAUUCAACGAGCAACGCGUCACUACACACUCACGAGAGGUCAUGGUAGAGCGACUGACCAGAAUAGGAUACGCUCUAAAGAGUGCUGGUGUCAUUUCGAUUCUCAAGGCAGAGUAUGGUGAAGCCGUUGCCAUUGUGUGUAAUGACAAUGGUGCCGACACCCACAACAGCAGCACCUGCACUGCUACAACCAUGUCGACACCACCUAUCACUCCAGGCGAAUGUGCCUAUCUUCUACGAUCGCAAUUCCACUUCACUCUGGUCAGUGUGACCAUGGGUGGAGACGGUGGAUUCAUCUCGUCGGGAGUCACUGGUGAACAGUACAUUCCGACAUUCAAACCGGUGGCAGUCAUGGAUGAAACGGGCUGUGGUGAUACAUUCCUCAGUUGCACCAUUCUAGAGCUGCUACACACACUCUCUGGAAAAUCGAUGAUCGAUGAGAGUGCAAUCGAUCCACUCGAUCGUUACCAACUGGCGUCGGAGGACAUCAUCCACUGUCUUGAAGUUGGAAGUGCAGGUGCUUCAUUCCUUGUCGAACAGAUUGGACCGAAUGGAUUUGCAAGUAGAUCGACCAUUCUUGACAGAGUUAACAAUGGACAAAAACAAUCAAAAUCAAUUUAUUUACAACAACAACAUCAACAUCAACAUCAACAUUCACCAUCUUUGGUUUCCAAAGACCAAGAACACCAAAACCAAAAUAAUUCAUCCAGUAGUAGCUCCUCCACAGCAAUGGCUGGUGCCUCUGCGACCAGCUCCAACACCAACAAAUCAUCAGUUGAAAAAACCACUACCACCACAAACGAAACAACCAUCACAAAACCACCUAAAUCUACAACCCACUACUCUUGA